AUGAGCUCCUUUCUAUCAUUCUUGAAUCAGAAGCUUGCUGGCGACAAAGCUUCUCAGGGUCGGACGACAGUCGGGGACAAUGGCCUAGUUGCGCAACAACGGAAAGAAUUCUUGCAGAUGUAUCAGGCGUACGAAAAGGUGUUCAAAUCUGCAGCCACGGUAGACGUUGCUUGGGCUUUCAAAACCGAUAGAGCAGGCGAACUGGAGGCAGCAAUCGAGUCGUUUCCAAGGACCUCGAGCAUCGUCAUGGAGGGGCUCCUUCGCCUUGCGAAUCUUCUUCCCUCGUUUGGCGUUGUCGUCAAUUCAUGGUAUUCAAUUUUUCAGUUAAAUUUCGCUAGGGCGAAGGAGCACAAGAAGGUCUUGUUCGUGUUGUUGCAAAUUCAGGCUACGUUGUGCACGCUGUUUCAACUGAAGCAGGUCAAUAGCGUAUCAGUGCGGUCUGAAGCAGACAGGCUAUCGUUGCAACGGCUUCUCAUCAGCCUGGCCCAGAUCAUAACGGAAUGUGGAAGUGAUCUUAAUUAUUAUUUGAGCACAAAUACCCCAGUUAGAUUGUUCUACGUGAAUUUUUUUGAAAAGCAGUGGUUGAUUCACGUCAACAAGCUGAUCAAGAGACGCGAAGAGCUGCAGAAGUUCGUCGACAGCAUUUUAUCUCUACAUGGGGUCCGGACAACUUCGAUUAAGGACCUCGGUGAAAAAGUUAUGAAUCUGAACGUCAGCGAAACACCCGAGGAGACGAACAAGCGUUUUCACAUUUUCAAGGCUCGCUUCUUGGCUAGACUCCGAACGAAGGACGAGUUAGACGUUAUCUCAACGAUAAAUGAGAGAAUUGGUAAUUUAGCUCAAGAGAAUCCCUUAGAAGGUCAGGUCCGGCUGCGGGAGAUAUUUCUGGACCUCUUUUGCAAAGAGGACCUGGUUGAAUUGGUUGGAUAUGUUGGGAACUGCGUGUCAAAGGUCAUGGAUCGUGAAGGGCCUAAAAGAAUGGGCAACGAUUCUUCCAGCCAUUCCCAUCGAUUCAACAAGUUGCUCGAAAUGGUGAACAGGAUUCUGGAGCGCAGGAUAGCUCGAGUACAAAGGCAAAUUAAGGAGAUGCAGCAAUCUGGCAUCAAAGUCGAGUCGCCUUUCGUUAUAUCGGUCUCAAAGAUGAAUGGAGGGAAGAGAUAUAUCUUGGUAAAGGCUCCAACCACAUUGGAAGAUCCGAAUUUCGAAUCGAGUGUGGAGAUCCGAAUUUUUAUUCUUAAGCUUCGUGAGUACAUCGGGGGGCAAGAAGGAUCCAAUGACCACUGGGUCUUGGAUUAUGUCGACCUCGCCCAUAUCCAGCCCAUCGCCGAGGCAUUGGGAAGCCCUGCAUCCGGAUCAGUCAAUGUGCGAAACGUUCAUCAGUUUGCAUUAUCAAGACCAGACGGCCUCAGAUUAUGCACUGUCGCGGAGGAGCAUACUCAUGAAACACCGGCUUCAGUUGACCCUAGGCUAGUAGAACUGGCUUGUCAUGUUGCACAAAUGCAGGAAGAAGUCAUAUCUGCCAACCUCAAAGAUGCAUCGUUCAACCUCAUGUGCCCUAACGAUGCCAAACUAGUUGGAGGGCCGGAGCGAGUCGAAACGUGGAUACUGCCGUUGCUUCAUCUACUUCUUCAACGCCACCUAGAGAUUAUCCAGAUCGCACAGAACAUUGUUCUUGAUGAACUAGAAAUGAUAGCACACAAUCAGUCUCUGGUGUCUACCUUUAGAACAUUUGAAGGUCGGAUUAAAGAGCUUGAUGAGAUGUUCAAGCUUGACGAAAAGUACGAUCUCGAAAGGCAGUUAAAAAGCUUUGCCUAUGGCAUGUUCUCGACAUACAUGGACAAGAAGGCAGCCGCAAGUUCUGAGCAGAACAAGUUAAACACAUUUAAGAAUGCCAAUGGUCAUCCCAAUCACAACUUUUCCAAUUGGAAGCGUAUCGCUAUCGAUACCUCUAUCUUGGUUUAUGGCCCAGGAAAGCCCUUUGAAUUUACAGAAUGCGAUCAUACGCUCCCGCCUCCCGACAGCAGGACACACCCUCUUCAAGACGCCUGGCACGGUUCCACUCUCCAGAUAUAUAUUAAAUCCUUCAAUGCAGACAUGACGUUCACCGGCACUGGCGAAGCGAUCAACUUCACGGCUGAUAUAGUUGGCAAAGUUGUACCGAUUUCGCAAGAAAACCCCAAGGGAUGCCUAAUGGUCUACUUCAGAGGGAGGUUGCCUGACGAGUUAGAUUUGGUGGACAUUUUGUUCAAAGGAAUGUACGAUCCCGACAGAGACAUUAUCGAAGGAGAGACGGCAUCAUAUGACGGAUAUGAUGUUGAUUCCAUUGCUUCCUUGACGUUCGACACCUCCGUUUCUCAACCCGUGACGUUUGGUAGAGCUCGACCUUAUGCCACCCGGUUCAGGUGGCUCCUAAAUGAGUCCUCGGACAACUCCUCAAACAUUGCUCGGAGACGCUGGAAGUUUGCCACACAAGCUACGUUGCUCAAAGUACAGGCUGAUAUGAAUUCGGUAAAAAUCGUCCAGCGGGGCCUUCAGGAUCACCGGAAUUGGCACCGAAAACUGAAAAACGCUGGUCUCGAUGACCCCGAGCUAGACUUCUUGAAGACUGAAAUGAUGAACUAUCCUCCAGAGAACGUCCGACUAUACGCUAGCCUGUAUACAUAUCUGUACGCAAGACGAUCACAUGCAUUGUGA